AUGCGUGAUACCAGCACGUUCCACACUAAGACUGGCGCUCGCUCGGCUGUCUCGUGCAUGUCGAAGGAGCACGUCUGUCCACCUCAAGCUCUGCGAUCGUGCUCAGGCGGCGGAUACAACAUCAGCUGGAUAUCUCACUGUAUAGCCUCUGGUGUGCACGCCGGACACACGACGUGCGUUGACUGCGACGCGGGCUACGUAGCUAUUGCGCCAUCCCUCGCCAGCUGCUUAUUCCUGGCAGCUAAUGUGAUCAUCGCGAAGAGAAGGAGAGAGGUAUGGAUGAAAGCCACCGACCUUAUUACGACAAGCAAUGUCGCCUGGCGCGGGAGCCAAUCGGCCAAAGUGGGGAACAUGUGGCGCGCUGCAGUCACGAGAUUCGAAGAAAUCGCGCCGGUCAACUUCCGCCUUAAGAAUUCGCACUCCACUCCGCGCUGCUUCGACUUCAGCUCUGGUCAUCCUUGGCGAUCUAGUCGACUCGGUCUUCGCCAAAAUAGAAGACUGUAUGCCAAUGAGGGAACCACUGACUAA